ACUUCAUAGUUGAUCUGAUUCACAGUCGCGCCGCAGUUCCGCGCUGUCCACUCGUCUCGCCGGACCGCGUCGCUCUCGCACUAAACAUCGGAAGCCGGUCGAUACGCACGCUACGAAUCCUUACAGCGCGAACUGCGUUCUUCUGUUAUUAUUUGGAUUGCGAGUGAUAAUAAUAAAUCGACAGUGGCAUCGGUCGAUAUCUACGCGCUCUACACCCGGCCCGCGACUCCACUCGUCCGCCGAACGACCACAGAAUAAGCCCCUCACUACACGGAGCUCCCGAUUGUUUUAAUUUUUGAAUUCCCGCUCGCUGCCAGCCGGACAGCGAGAUGCCGAGCGCGGUGGUGAACGGCGGGCGCGCCGGCGACGAUGACAUCGUGCUGUCGGGGCUGUCGGGCCGCCUGCCCGAGUGCGACAGCAUCGAGGAGUUCGCGCAGCAGCUGUUCGACGGCGUGGACCUGGUGACGGCCGACGACCGGCGCUGGACCCCGGGUCUGCACGGGCUGCCGGAGCGCAACGGCAAGCUGAAGGACCUGGCGCACUUCGACGCCACGUUCUUCGGCGUGCACGCCAAGCAGGCGCACCUCAUGGACCCGCAGCUGCGGCUGCUGCUGGAGCUCACGCACGAGGCCAUCGUGGACGCCGGCCUCAGCCCCGCCGAGCUGCGCGGCUCGCGCACCGGCGUGUUCGUGGGCGUGUCCAACUCGGAGACCGAGGAGCUGUGGACGGCCGACCCCGACAAGAUCAACGGCUACGCGCUCACGGGCUGCUGCCGCGCCAUGUUCCCCAACCGCCUGUCCUACACCUUCGACCUGCAGGGCCCGUCCUACGCCGUGGACACGGCGUGCUCCAGCUCCAUGUUCGCGCUGGCGCAGGCCGUGGCCGCCAUGCGCGCCGGCCACUGCGACGCCGCCGUGGUGGCCGGCUGCAACCUGUGCCUCAAGCCCGCCAACUCGCUCAACUUCCACCGGCUCAGCAUGCUGUCGCCCGAGGGCCGCUGCGCCGCCUUCGACGCCGGCGGGCGCGGCUACGUGCGCUCCGAGGCGGCCGUGGCCGUGCUGCUGCAGCGGCGCGGCGCCGCGCGGCGCGCCUACUGCGCCGUGCGCGGCGCGCGCUGCAACACGGACGGCGCCAAGGUGCAGGGCAUCACGUUCCCGUCGGGCGACAUGCAGCGCCGCCUGGCCGAGGAGACGUUCCGCGAGGCCGGCCUGCGCCCGCAGGACGUGGUGUACGUGGAGGCGCACGGCACGGGCACCAAGGUGGGCGACCCGCAGGAGGUCAACGCCAUCGCCGAGCUGUUCUGCCGCGAGCGCGCCGCGCCGCUGCUGCUUGGCUCCGUCAAGUCCAACAUGGGGCAUUCGGAGCCCGCGUCGGGCCUGUGCUCCAUCGCCAAGAUGGUGGUGGCCAUGGAGCGCGGCGUGCUGCCCGCCAACCUGCACUACCGCGAGCCCAACCCAGACAUCCCCGCGCUCAGCGACGGCCGCAUCACCGUGGUAGACCGCAACACGCCGUGGGACGGCGGGCUGGUGGCCGUCAAUAGCUUUGGCUUCGGCGGCGCCAACGCGCACGUCAUCCUGGAGUCGGCGCGCGGCGCGCGACCGCCGCCCGCCGCCUAUGCUGCGCCGCGCCUGCUGCUGGCGUCGGGGCGCACGGAGGAGGCGGUGCGCGAGUUGCUGACGCUGGGCGCGCAGCACGCCGCUGACGCCGAGCUGCACGCGCUGCUGGACGCCGUGCACGCGCACAACAUCCCCGGCCACGGUCACCGCGGCUACGCGCUGCUCACGGAGCCGCCGCAGUUGGAGGUGCUGGAGGCGGAGGGCGGCGAGGCGCGACCCGUGUGGUUCGUGUUCUCGGGCAUGGGCUCGCAGUGGGCGGGCAUGGCGCGCGCGCUGCUGCGCCUGCCCGCCUUCGCCGCAAGCGUGGCGCGCUCGGCCGCCGCGCUCAAGCCGCACGGCGUGGACCUGGUGCACGUGCUGAGCGAGGCGCCGGACGCCGCCUUCGAUGACGUCAUCGCAUCCUUCGUGUCCAUCGCCGCCGUGCAGGUGGCGCUGGUGGACGUGCUGCGCGCCGUGGGCGUGCGCCCCGACGGCAUCGUGGGCCACUCCGUCGGCGAGAUCGGGUGCGCGUACGCGGACGAGACGCUGACGGGCGAGCAGGCCGUGCUGGCGGCGUACUGGCGCGGGCGCAGCAUCGUGGACGCGGGGCUGCCGCGCGGCGCCAUGGCGGCCGUGGGGCUGUCGUGGGACGAGUGCGCGCGACGCUGCCCGCCCGACGUGGUGCCGGCCUGCCACAACGCGGCCGACAGCGUCACCGUGUCCGGCCCGCCCGACUCCAUCGAGAAGUUCACGGCGGCGCUGGCGGCCGAGGGCGUGUUCGCGCGCCGCGUCAACAGCUCGGGCGUGGCCUUCCACAGCAAGUACAUCGCGGCCGCCGCGCCGCUGCUGCGCCGCAGCCUGGAGCGCGUCAUCCCCGCGCCCAAGCCGCGCUCGCCGCGCUGGGUGUCGUCGUCGCUGCCCAAGGAGCAGUGGGGCUCGGAGCUGGCGCGCCUCAGCGACGCCGCCUACCACGUCAACAACCUGCUGUCGCCCGUGCGCUUCGCGGAGGCGCUGCGUGCCGUGCCCGCGCGCGCCGUGCUGGUAGAGGUGGCGCCGCACGCGUUGCUGCAGGCCGUGCUGAAGCGCGCGCUGCCCGCGCCGGCCGCGGCGCACGUGCCGCUGGUACGGCGCGACGCGCCAGACGCGUGCGCGCACCUGCUGAGCGCGCUGGGGCGGCUGUACGCGGCGGGCGCGCAGCCGCAGGUGGGCGCGCUGUACCCGGCCGUGCGCUGGCCCGUGUCGCGCGGCACGCCCAUGCUGGCGUCGCGCGUGCGCUGGGACCACUCGGUGGAGUGGAGCGUGGCGCAGUACGGCGCGGCGCGCUCGGGCGAGAACGUCAUCGAGUACGACCUGUCCAAGGCCGACGACGCCUUCAUCGCCGGACACAACAUCGACGGCCGCAUCCUCUUUCCCGCCACCGGCUACCUGACGCUGGUGUGGCGCACCAUGGCCAAGCUGCACAACAAGAAGCUGGAGGAGACGGCCGUCGUGCUGGAGGAUGUGCAGUUCCGGCGCGCCACCAUCGUGCCGCGCGACGCGCCCGUGCGCUUCCUCAUCAACGUGCUGGAGGGCGCCGGCGAGUUCGAGGUGUGCGAGGGCGGCGCCGUGGCCGUGAGCGGCUCCGUGCGCCUGUGCGCCGACGCCGCCGCCGAGCGCCUGCCCGACGACGCCGAGCCCGCCGCGCCCACCGACCCCGACCUGCUGCCGCUCAGCACGGACGACGUGUACAAGGAGCUGCGCCUGCGCGGCUACAACUACGGCGGCGUGUUCCGCGGCAUCCGCGCGUCCGACGCGCGCGGCACGGCCGGCACGCUCGCCUGGGAGGACAACUGGGUCUCCUUCAUGGACACCAUGCUGCAGUUCGGCAUCAUCGGCGUGGACACGCGCGAGCUGUACCUGCCCACGCGCCUGCAGCGCGCGCUCAUCGACCCGGCGCGCCAGCUGGCGGCGGCGGCGGCGGCGGGCGGCGCGCUGCCGGUGCGCAUGCGGCGCGACGUGGACGUGAUCGCGUGCGGCGGCGUGGAGUUCCGCGGCGUCAAGACGAGCCUGGCGCCGCGCCGCGCCAACGCGCAGGCCGCGCCCAAGCUGGAGAAGUACGUGUUCGUGCCCUACGACAACGCGGCCGUGGCGGCCGAGGACACAGCGCGCUCGCGCCACGAGGCGCUCGUCGUCAGCCUGCAGAUCGUGCUGGAGAACGCGGGCGCGCUCAAGCUGAAGCUGGUGGAGGCGGCGCUCGAGCGCGCGGCCGACGCGCUGCUGGCGCCGCUGGCGCUGGCGGCGCUGGAGGCCGAGCCGCAGGUGCGCGCCGACGCCGCGCUGGCCGCUGCCGGCGCCGCCGCCGUCUACGCCGCGCCCAUGCAGGCGCACGGCAUCAAGGUGACACCGAAGGACGCGCGCAGCGGCCCGCCCGACUCCGACUGCCACCUGGCCAUGGCGAGCGACGUGCUGAACCGGCACGGCGUCGACGUGCUGCGCCACCUGGUGGCCGCGCUGGGCGCCGGCGGCAUGCUGCUGCUGGAGGAGCCGCGCGGCGCCCUGGACGCGCACGCCGCGCUGCUGGCGCAGGAGGGGCUGGACGCCGUGUCGCGCCAAGUGGCCGGCGCCAGCGAGCUGCUGCUGCUGCGCCGCCGCGCCGCGCCGCCGCCCGAGCGCAUCGUGGUGGAGCUGGACGACGGCUACGCGUGGGUGGAGCCGCUGCGCGAGGCGCUGCGCCGCGCCGAGAGCGAGCCGCUGCGCGUGUUCGCCGUGGCGCGUUCCGCCACCUCGGGCGUGCUCGGCCUGGGCACGUGCCUGCGCGCCGAGCCCGGGGGCCGCGCGCUGCGCGUCGUGCUGGCGCCCGGUGCGCCCGCCUUCGCGCCCGACGCGCCUCCCUACGCCGACCAGCUGCGCAAGGACCUGGCCGUCAACGUGCUGCGCGGCGGCGUGUGGGGCUGCUACCGGCACCUGCCGCUGGCCGAGGGCGCCGCGCUGCAGGUGGAGCACGCGUACGUCAACACGCUGACGCGCGGCGACCUGGCGUCGCUGCGCUGGAUCGAGAGCGACCUGCGCCACGCGGGCGCGCGCGCGCUGCCGCCGCGCAGCGAGUUGUGCCGCGUGUACUACGCGCCGCUCAACUUCCGCGACAUCAUGCUGGCCACGGGCAAGCUGCCGCCCGACGCGCUACCCGGCAACCUGGCCGGCCAGGAGUGCAUCCUCGGCCUGGAGUUCGCGGGCCGCGGCGCCGACGGCCGCCGCGUCAUGGGCAUGGUGGCGGCGCGCGGGCUGGCCACCUCCGUGCUGGCCGACAAGGGUUUCCUGUGGGACGUGCCGCGCGCCUGGAGCCUGGAGCAGGCGGCCACCGUGCCCGUGGCCUACGCCACCGCGUACUACGCGCUGGCGGUGCGCGGGCGAAUGCGGCGCGGUGACGCCGUGCUGGUGCACGCGGGCACAGGCGGCGUGGGGCAGGCCGCCAUCGCCAUCGCGCUGCACGCCGGCUGCACGGUGUACACCACGGUGGGCACGCCCGACAAGCGCGCCUUCCUGCGCGAGCGCUUCCCCGCGCUGCCCGACGCGCACAUCGGCAACUCGCGCGACUGCAGCUUCGAGCAGCUGGUGCUGCGGCGCACGCGCGGCCGCGGCGUGGACCUCGUGCUCAACUCGCUGGCGGGCGACAAGCUGCUGGCGUCGGUGCGCUGCCUGGCGCCCGGCGGCCGCUUCCUGGAGAUCGGCAAGCUGGACCUGUCCAACAACACGGCGCUGGGCAUGGCCGUGUUCCUCAAGAACACCACGUUCCACGGCAUCCUGCUGGACGCGCUGUUCGACGCGGACGGCGAGUGCGAGGAGAAGGCGGCCGUGGUGCGCUGCGUCACCGAGGGCAUCGCCAGCGGCGCCGUGCGCCCGCUGCCCGCCACCGUGUACUCCGACCAGCAGCUGGAGCAGGCGUUCAGGUUCAUGGCGACGGGCAAGCACAUCGGCAAGGUGCUGCUGCGCGUGCGCGAGGAGGAGGCCGGCGCCGCCAAGCCCGCCGCGCGCCUGCUGCCCGCCAUCCCGCGCACCUACCUGCACCCCGCCAAGAGCUACGUGCUCGUCGGCGGGCUGGGCGGGUUCGGGCUGGAGCUGGCGCAGUGGCUGGUGGUGCGCGGCGCCACGGCGCUGGUGUUCAACUCGCGCAGCGGCGUGCGCAGCGGCUACCAGGCGUGGUGCGUGCGGCGCUGGCGCGAGCGCGGCGUGCGCGUGCUGGUGUCCACGGCCGACGCCACCACGGCGCAGGGCGCGCGCACGCUGCUGCGCGACGCAGCCGCGCUGGCGCCCGUGGGCGGCGUGUUCAACCUGGCCGCCGUGCUGGCCGACGCCUUCCUCGAGAACCUCACGCCCGACGACUUCCGCGCCGUGGCGCGCCCCAAGGUGGACGGCACCAAGGCGCUGGACGCGGCGUCGCGCGAGCUGGCGCCCGAGCUGGACUACUUCGUGGCCUUCUCGUCCGUGUCGUGCGGCCGCGGCAACCCCGGCCAGAGCAACUACGGGCUCGCCAACUCGGCCAUGGAGCGCGUGGUGGAGCAGCGCCAGGCCGACGGGCUGCCCGGCCUGGCCGUGCAGUGGGGCGCCAUCGGCGAGGUGGGGCUCAUCGUGGACACCAUGGGCGGCGACGACACCGUCGUGGGCGGCACGGUGCCGCAGCGCAUCGCCAGCUGCAUGGAGGCGCUGGGCGCGCUGCUGGCGCGGCCGCACGCCGUGGCCGCCAGCAUGGUGCUGGCCGACAAGCGGCGCGCCGCGCAGGCGCCGACGCAGGACCUGGCGCACGCUGUCGCCAACAUCCUCGGCAUCAAGGACCCCAGCAAGGUGUCCGACUCCGCCAACCUGGCCGAGCUCGGCAUGGACUCGCUCAUGGGCGCCGAGAUCAAGCAGACGCUAGAGCGCGGCUACGACGUGGUGCUGGGCGUGCAGGAGAUCCGCGGCCUCACCUUCGCCAAGCUGCGCGAGCUGGGCGGCGACGCCGGCGCCGACGCGCCCGACGCGUCCGUCGCGCCCGCCUCCCCCGCGCCCGCCGCGCCCGCCGCGCCCGGCGAGCUGGUGCAGUUCGCGGCGGCCGGCGAGCUGAUGCCCAAGCAGGUGGUGGUCAAGCUGCCCAGCGCCGGUGCCGACGACGACGUGCCGCCCGUCUUCAUGGUGCAUCCCAUCGAGGGCGUGGCGGAGCCGCUGCGCGGGCUAGCGGCCGGCGUGCGCGCGCCCGUGUUCGCGCUGCAGUGCACGCGCGCGGCGCCGCUGGACGACAUGGCGGCGCUGGCGCGCUUCUACGUGGCGCACGUGCGCGCGCUGCAGCCGCAGCCGCCCUACACGCUACUGGGCUACUCGUUCGGCGCGGGCGUGGCCUUCGAGAUGGCGCUGCAGCUGGAGGCGGCGGGCUGCGCCGCGCGCCUCGUGCUGGUGGACGGCUCGCCCGCCUACGUGGCCACGCACACCACGCGCGGCAAGCAGAAGCGCGCCGUGCGCUCCGAGCGCACGGACGAGGCGGACGCGCUGGCCUACUUCGUGCAGCUGUUCAAGGACGUGGACGCGGCGCGCCUGUCGGCCGAGUUGGAGCGCCUGGACUCUUGGGACGCGCGCGUGGCGCGCAGCACGGCGCUGGUGGCGGGUGCCGUGCGCGCUGCGCCCGACGAGCUGGCCGCCGCCGCCGCCGCCUUCUACCGCAAGCUGGUGGUGGGCGACGCGUACCGGCCCGGCGCCCGCCUGCGCGCGCCCGUCACGCUGUUCGCCGCCAGCGACAACUACGUGGCGCUGGCCGACGACUACGGGCUGGGCGCCGUGUGCGCCGGCCCGCUCAGCACGCGGCGCCUGCCCGGCAACCACCGCUCCAUCCUGGCGGGCGACGCGGCCGCCGCCAUCGCCGCCUACCUGUCCGAGCUGCAGGCGCAGCGCUAGCCGCCGCCGCGUCGCCUCGCGCCCCGUGUACAGUUCCACUUCAUAGGAUAAGUCAUCGUUUAAGUGCAACGGCCUCUCUAUUCAACUCUUUGGGGUAUAUUAUAGUAGAAUUUGUAAUUAUAGAGUUAACGAUUAUGACAG